AUGGGAUCAGAUCGGAGAUGGAUGUAUGCUAGGUUAAAAGAUGGUCUAUUGACCUCAGAAUUCAUAGAAGGUAUUGAACAAUUCAUAACAUUUGCUAAGCAACAUCCAGAGUGGAUGGAUGGGGAUAAACUGAAGUGUCCAUGUAAUCAUCGAAAGUGUCAGAAUCGUAAUUAUGCUGAUGAGAAUACAAUUCGGUUACAUUUGAUGAAGCAUGGAUUUGUGCCAUAUUAUUAUAAAUGGAUUCUACAUGGGGAACCCCGCACAAGUAAUAUUGAUAGUCAAAACAUAAAUGUUAUGAUAGCGGAGUCUGUUCAAGAGGUUGAUAAUAGCACAAGCAAUACCUAUGAGCAAAUGGUAAUGGAUGCAGCAGGUCCUGAUUUCUUUCAGGAUGUAAUGGAGGAGCCUCCAAAUCCAUCAGCUCAAAAAUUGUAUGACAUGUUACAAGCUGUUAAUCAAGAGGUGUGGCCAGGUUGUGAAAGCCAUUCGCAGCUCUCAGUUGUUGCAAGGAUGUUGAACAUCAAGGCAGAACAUCAUUUGUCAGAAAGGUGUUUUGAUGACAUUUGUCAACUUAUGAAAGAGGUGUUACCGGAUGAAAAUUUAAUGACUGAAAACUUUUACAGUACGAAGAAGUUGGUUCAAGCAUUGGGCCUACCUGUUGAGAAGAUUCAUUGUUGUACUAAUGGAUGUAUGUUAUAUUGGGCUGAAGAUAGUGAGUUAACGAAUUGCAAAUUUUGUGACCAUCCACGGUUCAAACGACAUAGUCGAGGCUCUUCUAAUUUUCAAACCAAUGUGCCACAUAAGAAAAUGUACUACUUUCCUCUCACACAGAGAUUGCAAAGAUUAUAUGCUUCGAAUGCAACAGCAAAAGAAAUGAGAUGGCAUCGAGCAUGA